GCCACCGCCAUAUAAGGAGAGCAACACCAACGGCGCACCAACCUCACCACUUCCAUCUCCCUCUCGCCGGCCGGCCGGCCGCACACCCCUCGCCCGUUUCUUCCCGGCCGUGGCAUGCACGCCUUGACAUAGACGCCCCUCUCGUUCCUUCUUCUCCACACUACCAGUCACCAGACCCGGUACAUACCCCAGGCCGCCCGCGGCUAAGACAUAAAGCAGCGCACACUUGCGCCGCCGAUCGAGGCAUAUCGUACAGGGCGACCGAGGGAGCAAACUGACCCGUCUAUGGUGUUGAGGGCUUGCGCAAUGGAGGGCACUUUCGGCGUGCCGUAUUACGAGUGGCUCAAGCCGCGGUCCUCCUCUUCGACGCCGCCGCCAUCGCCGUCGUCCUCGUCUACGUCCUCGACGACAGUCUCAGCACCAUCGAUCGACCAACUAGCCGCCGCCGCUGCCGAUGUCGUCGUCCAUGAUGAGCGCGACGCCAUGAUGUGCUUGCCGCUUCUUGGCAGGCUUGAAGGGAGGGCGACGACUCGUGAUCUUGGCCAUAAUCCGAUCAAAGAAGAGGAGGCCGCCGGUGUUGACCUGAGCAUCGGCCUGCCGGCGCCGGUAACUGGCGCCAGCGGCUACUGUUCUGAAGCGGCGCCUUCGUCGCCCGUGGACGAGGAUGAGGAUCUCGAGGAGGAAGAGGACGAGAAGGCAAGGAAACGUGACAGUGACGAGUGCAAGGUGGAAGGAGCAGGUGGAGAGCGAUAUCGCAGUGAGAUGGUGGUGGUGUCCGGUGAGAGACCGGCCGAUUACAUGCGUGUGGGUGGGGAGGAGGGCAUCGUCGGCAGCCGCGGCCGGCGGUACUGGAUCCCGACUCCGGCGCAGAUACUCGUCGGCCCGGUGCAGUUCAUCUGCCAUGUCUGCAGCAAGACUUUCAACAGAUACAACAACAUGCAGAUGCACAUGUGGGGCCACGGCCGCGAGUACCGCAGGGGCCCGGAGUCGCUCAAGGGCACGCAGGCGGCGACGCUGGCGCUGCUGAAGCUGCCGUGCUACUGCUGCGCGCCCGGGUGCCGCAACAGCGUGGCGCACCCGCGCGCGCGCCCGCUCAAGGACUUCCGCACGCUGCGGACGCACUACAGGCGCAAGCACGGCGGCGACAAGCGCUUCGGGUGCCGCCGCUGCGCCAAGCCCUUCGCCGUCAAGGGAGACUGGCGCACGCACGAGAAGAACUGCGGCAAGCGCUGGUUCUGCGCCUGCGGCUCCGACUUCAAGCACAAGCGCUCCCUCAACGACCACGCCCGCUCCUUCGGCGGUGGCGGCCACUUCUACGUCACGCCGCCGGGCCACCAGCAGGCGGCCGUGCCGCCGCUGCUCAAGCCCAAGGAGCGGAUCGUCAUACGCUUCGAUCAGGCAGCAGCGCCAUGGAAUGGAGCCCACGCGCCCAUAUGCAUGACAGACAGGUUAACAGCACCGCAUGUAUAGGGAAUAGAUAGAGUUCGUCAUGCAGCAUCUCAGUUCAGCUCGAACAUGAUUACGCGUAUGCAUAGUAGACGACGACGGCAAUAAGACUCGAGACUCGAGAUCCAUCCAGGUUGCUUUGGACAUGGAGGCUGUGAAGGAGGUGAAUUUUCUGACCGGCUCCGAGUGAUGUAUUGUAGGAAGGAGUUAGUGCCAUGCCAAUGCCAAAUAGAGUCUAAGAGUUUGUUU